UCAGACAGAGACGAUCUUUGAUCGCAGCAGCAGCAGUGGCAGCGGGUCGGACAUGGCGAACGUCGCGGCUAAACGUGAAAUUUCCAGCGCUGAAGGCGAAGAGUUGUCUCGUGAAGCCAAGAGGGCGAAAGGUGACGACAAAAAUGGAGAGGAGGGUGGAAAUGAACCUGAAUGGGAAAACAUUCUCUCUACGUUCACAACAACCAGCGUGCUGAGUGAUUCUGCCCGGGAGAAAAUCAUGUUUCUCCACGGAAAGAUGGCUGGUGAUGAGGCCGUGGUGGUCCUGGAGAAGACCCCCGUCAGAGAGGACUCCCUGGCUGAGCUCUUCAGGGACUCCAAGCUCAGGCUGGACAUGAGAAACGACAUCUACAGCUCCUACCGCCUCCAGGCGCCCCCUCACCUCAAUGAGAUCAAGACCACGGUGGUGUGUCCGGCCACAGAGAAGCAUGUGAAGAAGUACAGGCGGCAGGAGAGUUUCCUGGUGGAAGAGACGGGGGACGACUACCGCUCCAUCACGCUGCCCUACAUUCAGGGGCAGAGUUUGAGCCUGCAGUGGGUCUACAAUAUCCUGGAGAAGAAGGCCGAGGCAGAGCGGGUGGUUUACGACGAUCCGGACCCUGAGGUCGGCUUUGUCCUGCUUCCUGACCUAAAGUGGGACCAAAAACAGGUGGACGACCUCUACCUGAUCGCCAUCGCUCGUCAGAAAGACAUCAAGAGUCUUCGAGACUUGUCGUCGGAGCAUCUCCCACUGCUGCACAACAUCUUCCAAAAGGGAAAGGCAGCCAUCUUGGAGCGCUACAACCUUUCGGCCAGCAAGCUGAGAGUCUACCUGCACUACCAGCCCUCCUACUACCACCUCCAUGUCCACUUCACCAAGCUGGGCCACGACGCGCCGGGCUGCGGCGUGGAGCGGGCUCACCUACUGUCCGACGUCAUCCAAAACCUGCAGACUGACCCGCAGUACUACAGAACCAGGACGCUGUGGUUCCCCCUGAGGGCGGACGACGGGCUGCUGGGCCGGUUCAGGGAGGCCGGGAGGCUGUAACUAAGUCCACGCUCUCGAAUUCAGAUGGGUUUAAAUAGGGGUUUAAAUGGGUUUAAAUUCUUAUGAUUCCUCUAGGGUUUUUUUGGGGUUUGUUUUUGUUUUGUUUUUUACAGUUUUUUGUGUGUAUUUUAAUACAUUUUACAUAUUAUUUGGCUGAAUUAAAGUAUUUUUCUAAUGAAAUUUUCCUUCAAAUGUUAAGAAACCUCUCUAAGAUCGAAAUUAAUUUAGAAACUAGUUUCCCUUUUGUUUUUCAACAGACUGAG